AAAAAUAAAAUAAAGUUGGAUAUAGUUAUUCAAUGUCGUGCCUACUUUCGAAAUUUGCUUGAUUGGCAAAAAAUCUAAAUUUCAUCAAAGUAUACCAAAAACAACCAUAAGUAAAUCAGCGGACACAUAAAAAGAUGAUUCGGAAAGUGUCAAAAGGGUAGCUAGGGUUAUUCCUGCUUUAACGGGCCUUUAUUCAAUAUGGCUUGCGUUUUGCUUUAAAUAUGUUUCCAUCUACAAUAAAAGUAAAAAUGUAUUUCAUAUAAGUUAAUUGAUUUGCUUUAAGCAUUUCAUCAUACAUAUAUAAACUUUAAUUAUACGCCCUUCGGCAGUAUUAUGAUUUUGUCGGCCAAUUUGUGUAUGAAAUGUAAAGUAAUACUAUUCCCCAAAAAUGUGUUCUUGUUCUUGUUUGGUUCUUCGAUAUUUUUUAUGGCUGAUUUAUGAUGUAUCCUGAACGAUACAUCUUAAACCCUGCGAUAGAAUUGAAAGAAUUUCAACAAUAUUGUUGAGUAAAAAAAAUCUUUGCCGACGAGCUUUGUGAUACCGAUUAACAGAAUAUAAAUUUCAUGAACUGGUCAGUGUACUAUCGGCCCUUGUCAGGUCGUAAACUUUUAAAACAUUUUCCACAAGAUAAGGUUGUGGGGGAAAUAGUCGAAACGUAAAAUGCAGCAAAAUAGCCAAGGUCUGCAGCGGGCCAAAGGCAAAAAUUGAGGAGCAAUUCGUAUGCGCUUACACGGAAAUAAAAGCUUUCUCGUCACAAAACUUUCGAUACGAGAACGAAAAUGAUCAACAAGCUUGAUUCGAAAUACGCAAUUGUGUGGGUCGGGCAGACAGCGGCUCACAAUCAACUCGGAUUAGUACAGUGACUGUUUACAACGCCUGCAGUUGAGUCGGUUGCUCCCCGCGCAACCAUGAAGGGAAUCAUGACAUCAGUUUUUGUGGCUGCUGCCGCUGCCGCUGGCGGACUCCUCGUUCUGCUCCCCGUUUUCGCCAGCGGGGGAGUACUGCUCGUAUUGGGAACGGUCUGGCUGUGGCAACGCCACCACUUCGGGCACUGGCAACGAUUGGGCGUGCCCUGCAUUCCGGCAACGCCGUUUGUGGGAAAUGUGUGGAAACUCUUGCGCGGCGCCUGCUGCUUUGGGGAUCAGUUCCGAGAGCUGUACGAGAGUGAUGAGGCUACCGGACGCGCCUAUGUGGGAAUCCACGUUCUUCACAACCAUGCGCUGCUGCUCAGGGAUCCGGCUCUGAUCAAGCGGGUACUGGUCGAGGACUUCUCCCAGUUCUCCAGUCGCUUCGAGACCACGGACCCCGAGUGCGACACCAUGGGGUCCCAGAACCUGUUCUUCUCCAAGUAUGAUACCUGGCGGGAGACGCACAAGAUAUUUGCACCGUUCUUUGCCGUAGGAAAGGUGCGUCAGAUGUAUGGGCUCCUGGAGAGCAUCGGCCAGAAGCUCGAGGUUCACAUGGAGGAGAAGCUACUGGGAAGAGAGUGCAUGGAGGUGGAGGUCAAGCAACUGUGUGCUCUCUUUACCACGGACAUAAUUGCAUCGCUGGCCUUUGGCAUUGAAGCACACAGCCUCCAGAAUCCCGAGGCGGAGUUCAGACGAAUGUGCAUUGAGGUCAACGACCCGCGCCCAAAGCGGCUGUUGCACCUCUUCACAAUGUUUUUUUUUCCGCGAUUGUCGCGCAGGGUUCGCACGCAUCUCUACUCAGAUGAGUAUGAGCGAUUUAUGCGCAACUCCAUGAACUACGUCCUUUCCCAGCGCGAGGCAAGUGGAGAGAAGCGCCACGAUUUGAUCGACAUAUUCUUGCAGUUGAAGCGAUCAGAGUCCGCAGGAAGCAUAGUUCAUCGCCCGGAUUUCUUUGUGGCCCAGGCAGCUUUUCUGCUUUUGGCUGGCUUUGACACCUCGUCGUCAACUAUUACUUUUGCCCUGUAUGAGCUGGCCAAAAACACUGCGGUCCAGGAUCGAUUGCGAGAGGAGCUGCGCGCGACCCUUCAGCAAAACCAUGACCAGCCGCUGAGCUGCGACACAGUCAGUGGACUAGAGUACCUGCGGCAAGUGGUGGACGAGGUUCUCAGGCUGUAUCCGCCUACGGCGUUCUUAGACCGCUGCUGCAACUCCCGUGAGGGGUACGAUCUCUCAUCUUGGGACUGUGGAUCUCCAUUCAAACUUCCUCCAGGCACUCCGGUGUACAUAUCAGUUCUGGGACUCCAUCGGAAUGCACAGUUCUGGCCAAAUCCCGAAGUCUUCGAUCCAGAACGCUUCUCAUCCGAGCAAAGAAAACAGAUUCAUCCCAUGACGUACUUGCCAUUUGGCGCAGGUCCACGAGGCUGCAUCGGGACACUGUUGGGCCAGUUGGAGAUCAAAGUAGGACUUCUUCACAUCCUUAAAAACUUUCGGGUUGAGCUCUGCGAAAGAACUUUGCCUGAAAUGAGUUUCGACCCCAAGGCCUUUGUCCUUGCUGCUCAUAAUGGAACUUACCUCCGUUUUGUUAAGAAUCAGCUUUAAAUAAAAUGAAAUUCACGCCUUAAUUUUUAACUGCA